UGAGUUUUAUUUUAAAUUCAUUCACUCAUUAAAGCUGUUCCCUAUGCCUAUGGCAAAACAGGUUGUUGAACCUGAUUUACAAGAUUAAUUACACGGAAGUAGUCAUCCUCACAAUACGUUUGAUGUGAAGCUGCCAUGUCCUUCAUAUAUUUCAGUCGUGAUUUUUCAUUGAGUUGAUGAUUUGCAGUUUAAAUAUGAUGCUCUCCACUUGCAUAAUUCUGACACUCAACUUCCUCGGCACUGGUUCGCAAUUUAUCGUCAAUACCUGGAUAUCCAUAUCCUGCUGUACCGACACGGAUUUGGAAGUGUGGACAGACAACGGCAAUGAAAUGGCAUAUACGGAUUUCAUCCGGCAGGAGAUUAUUUACACCGUUCCCAAAUUUCUUGGUUUGGAUCCAGUUACGGCAGAUGGUAUAGUUUCAUACAGAAGAUCAACCAGAAACAUUGCAAUGUGCCAGAGGGUUUUGGCGUUUGCAGAACAAGAUAUCAAGUACCCAGCAGACAUCGAAGACCCCCCACAGAGUGUCAUCUACCUUGGAGAUGAGCUUCAGCUGGAUCAAGAAAACACCUUGAUAUGCUUGGUGAAUAAUUUCUUCCCACCCAACAUCCAAAUUCACUGGACCAAAAACGGCGUUGAAGUGUCAGAGGGGGUGUCACUCAGUCGAUAUUACCUCAACGAGGAUGUCACAUUCAACCAGUUGUCAACACUGACAUUCACACCAAAGGAAGGAGACAUUUAUGGUUGUACUGUGGAGCACUCAGCCUUGGACAGGCCACAAACAACUUUUUGGGAGGUGGAGUUCAGUCAUCCCAGCAUUGGACCAGAUGUUUUCUGUGGCGUUGGCCUGACUGUGGCAGUGUUUGGAAUCGCAUCUGGAGUUUUUUGGGGAGUCAAAGGACGCUAUGCGACGCCUGUUUUGUGAUUGGAAUAUAUAUACUAAUGAAGAAAAUAUGCAGCUUCUUUAAAUCCGGUAUUUCCCAACAGAUCUGGGACAAACUAUUUUGUGCUUUUUUUUUUUUUUCGCGUGCAACUACUAAAUAAGUCACCAUGUG